CAUAAGAAAGAUGUCAACCGUUCAGAAGCUAUCAGGCAUGAAGCCUGGUGAUGGAUUGAUUGAGUCUCAUGGGAAAGGACUCAUUAAACCCGCUGGUCAAGUGGAACUGUCUGAGACUGCACUACAAGAAGAAAUCACAAGGAUCCUUACCACAAACAACCCACAUGCUCCCCAAAAUAUUGUACGCUACAGCUUCAAGGACCGUUCCUACAAGACCUGUAUUGUUGAUCAGAUGGCUGUUCUCUUUGAGAUGGAAGGCAGCCUCGUGCAUGAAGAUUCAGAUGAGGGUCGGAGACUGAGGGCCAGGGGGGGUCUCUGUGAAGAGGCAGCAACAGUCGACACAGAGACAGAACCAGAUGAAGAAAAAACGGAAACUCCGGCUACACCUGCAGAAGAUGGAGGAGAAGUGGAAGAAGUUGGAGAAGAGGACAGACCAGAUAGUGUCGCCUCCAAAAUCGACAGGAAGGAGCCGAAACAGACUAACCAGUUCAACUUUAGUGAGAGGGCUUCCCAGACCCUUAAUAACCCACAAAGGGACAGAAGCUGUCAGACUGAACCACCUCCACGCUGCACCUUCUCUGCCACUGCCAGUCAGUGGGAGAUCUAUGAUGCAUAUGUGGAGGAGCUGCAGCAACCAGAAAAGUCUCAGAGCGAUGACGCCACCAAACUCAAAAAAGCGGCCAAGAUCCUUGAAAGAAUGGUCCAUCAGAACAUAUUUGAUGACAUAGCACAAGAUUUCAAAUACUUUGAGGAUCCGUCGGAUGAGUUCAGGGAUCCAGAGGGCACCCUUCUCCCUCUGUGGAAGUUCCACUAUGACAAAGCCAAACGACUGUCUGUCACCGCCCUCUGCUGGAAUAACAAAUAUCAGGACCUGUUUGCUGUGGGUAUGGGGUCAUAUGACUUCAGGAAACAGGGGCACGGCAUGCUUCUCAUUUACACAUUGAAGAACUCGUGGUUUCCUGAGCACGUCUACCCCACCACGUCGGGCGCCAUGUGCCUCGACAUCCAUAAGGAGUGUUCCUACCUGGUGGCAGUGGGAUUCCACAAUGGCUGCGUGGCCGUCUACAACUUGAAACAGGAGGGAACGGAGCCUGUGUUCAAGAGCACAGCUAAAACUGGGGAACACACUGAUCCUGUCUGGCAGGUACGCUGGCAGAAGGAUGACAUGGACAACAACCACAAUUUCUAUUCGGUGUCUGCUGAUGGCCGGGUUGUGUCUUGGACGCUUGUUAAGACUGAGCUGGUCUUUACCGACAUUAUCAGACUGUCAAUGAACGGUACUAUAUCUGAGGGGCUAGAACAUGCCCCACAGUCCAGCAUCGCUUGUGGCACAGCGUUUGAUUUCCACCAACAGAUCGACUAUCUCUUCCUAGUUGGCACUGAGGAUGGAAAAAUACAUAAGUGCUCCAAGACUUAUUCCAGCCAGUUCCUGGAGACCUUUGACGCCCACAACAUGGCAGUGCAUGCUGUGAAGUGGAACCACUUUCACCCAAAGGUCUUCAUCUCCUGCAGUUCAGACUAUACGGUCAAAAUCUGGGACCAUACCAUCAACACUCCGAUGUUCACCUUUGACCUGAGCGCCGCCGUCGCAGACGUCUCCUGGUCUCCAUAUUCCUCCACUGUAUUUGCCGCUGUCACAACAGACGGAAGGGUCCAUGUUUUUGACCUCAGUGUCAACAAAUAUGAGGCUAUAUGCCAACAGGCAGUCGUAAGCAAGAAGACUCAGCUGACUCACGUGGAGUUUAACCCCAUCUAUCCCAUCAUCAUAGUGGGCGAUAACCGAGGCUACGUCAACAGCCUCAAACUCUCCCCUAACCUUCGCAAGAAACCUAAGGCUAAGAAGGGUCAGGAGCUGCCUGAAGGUCCAGAGGUGGAAGUUGCCAAAAUGGAGAAGCUCCUCAGUCUGCUGCGGGAACCAGAGCAAAGCACAUUCUGAGUGGAACCAUCUGAGGCCACGUUCACAGGACCAGGCUGACAGAGCUGCAUCAACACAGAAAUUCAAUCGUCAAUAUCCAAUUAUUGAAUGAUUUCAAUUAAAUUCAACAUUUUUUUCGUCUUAAAUCAGAUUUACAUCCGAUAUGUGGCCAAAAUCACAAUCACUGACUGUAUAUUAAAAAACGGUUUGAAAGGUGAAGCCCAGGAAGUCCGAAGGUAGUAGCAUUUAUCCACCAGGGGGCGACAAGAUUAGAUUCUAUUUCUCACUUUAUUUACAUCAUCGGCAAACAUUUUCCUGGUCUCUAGUUUCAAGUUGUGAGGUUUCCAUUUAGAAGACAAUAGAUGACACCAGUGCGAUUGACAGCUGGUGUUGCAUCAGGUGUGAAUUUGGAGGCUUCACACGAGGAGCUUGUUUUUCCAUUUUCAAAUACAUUAUAUGAUCGGAAUAGAUACAGCUUUUUGCAGCUUUACGUCUUCAACCUGCACUGGCGUUCCAUGACAGAUAAUUAUGAAUGUGAACAAAUGGUCACUGCUAUGCUACUGAAACAUGACACAUGCACGUACACAUUCACGUGUGUGUGUGUGUCUCUCUCAUGUCAAAUGUUUGCAAAUUGGUAUUUAAUGAGCAAAUAAACACAUACUGAUUGUCACUAUUGUUUAUUAUUAUAACGUUAUUUAUUUCCUUGCACAAAAUCAAAGUCUGUAACCUGUGGCGAUGUCUCAGAGCUCUCUCUCUCUCUCUCAUGUCAGAGUGGCUUGUGUCACAUUCAGGGGAGCUGAACAAUAAAUAACACUGACAUGGCAAGAAAAUCCUUUGUAUAUGUUUAUUAAAAUGUUUCAUUCCGAUCUUUAAUAUGUUCAUGAAAUCACUGACAAUCCAGUUGACAUUGUUUUUAUUGAUACUGCAGUAUGUUAAACAGGCAACACUGGAGUUCCUCUGUCUCUGGCUGACGUCUUUUGCCAGGACCAUGAAAGUCAUUCUGUAUGUGUUG